AUGCAUGCAAAGCACCAUGACCAGGAAUCUGUGCAUAUGGAGAUGGUCCUUAUUCUCAUUGCAAAUUUGGUAGUAGCCCAGAUUGUACUUGUUUAGUGGAAGCAAAGGCACUGUAGGUCAUACAAUCUGGUAACCCUGCUGCAGACGUGGAUUGUUCCUUUGUAUUUCAUCAACCAAUUCCUGUGGUGGUUUCUGGCCAUGUGGGGAAUGUACUCGGUUAUUACCAGUUACAUCACUUUCAGAGCUACCCACAAACCUCUCUCAGGAAGGACCCCUUCAGUCCUUCUUUAAAGAAAAUGGUUCCUCCUUAUCUAUAAACUAAGUUAUGCAAUUGGAAUUAUGAGCUGUUUAGCUAUCACGUUUACUAUGUUUGGAUUUAAUUUAUUCUUUGAAAUGAAGACUGAAGAGUUCAUGGAUUUAAGUGUGAUAUUGCUAUUUUGACUCUACGAUGGAGUGAUGGGAAGAGACUUUGCACCAAUUUGUUUUGACUACAUGGCUUCCACUGUCAGCUGCUGCCCCUGCGCAUGCACUGCCAACACCCAGGAUUGGAGCAGGAUCAAAGCUGUAGAAGUUGUCACAAAAAUAACGUUCGCCCGUGCCUCAGCGAAAGCUACAGCCCAGGACACUUAUGCAGCACUGGAAACUCUGCUAGCUGUGUAUCCACCACCCAUAGAACUACAGAGCAAUAAUGGCCCUCGCUUCCACAAUCAUCUUGUGUAUGACUGGACCAUGAAACAUAGCAUGUUACGGACAUAUCACUGCCCAUACCAUCCACAGUCUAAUGAAUUGGUAGAAUGA